CCUGCACCCGUCACCCAGCCAGUGAACUCGCUCAGUCUGAUCCAACCACUAACUAACCCGACAACUCAUGCAGCUCGGUUGGUGGUGCAUCUGGAGAUCGCGUCUCCUCCUGCAAGACGCGAUCUCAUCACGUCACGUCACGUCAGCCGCAGCCCCCAUUCCGUUAACUCGUCAAUGUUGUGAUGCGGGGGACUUCCAAGCAGUCUCCUGUCGGGUAGCUCUCCUUCUGGGGGGGAUGACAAACACGCAAACUUCAUCUCCCCCCUCUGAGCCCCCCUAACUAAAUGACGGUGACGAGUCCGCGCAAACACUCCCCUCAUUCAUCCACCCAGUCCGGCCCAGUCCAGCCCAGGCGGCCUCGAAGGUUCCAGUCCGGAAUUCCCCGUCACCAAACCCCCUUGUGCCCUGUCUGGCCUUGUCCGAGAUCUGAGCCUUGAAAUCUUCACCGCCGUCUCAGAGCGAGACAACCCUGGGAGGAGAAAAGAAAAAAAAAAAAAUUAAAAAAUUUCUUCCCUGCCGCCGCUCAUCCUCCGUCGCACGUGUGUG